AUGGAUACGCUAGCUGCCACUUACGACACCUUGCUUUACAAGAGAGCAGAUCCACGGGUCAAACACUGGUUCCUGAUGACGUCACCGUGGCCUUUAAUUUCCAUUAUAGCCGGAUACUUAACGUUAAUAAAAAUUAUACUGCCAAAGUACAUGAGGAAUCGUCCACCAUACGAGCUGAAGAUUGUCAUCAAAUGGUACAAUAUAGUUCAGAUAGUGGCCAACGCCAUCGUCGCUUGGGGAAUACUGACAUCGGGAUGGACAACGACCUACCACUUCGGCUGCAUGCUCCCUGAUUACUCCAUGAACCCUGAAGCAGUCAGAAUGCUGCGUUUUAUGUGGUGGACUAUUAUCCUCAAAUCCAUGGAGCUGAUCGAGACGACUUUCUUCCUGCUGAGGAAAAAGGAGCGACAGGCCUCUUUCCUCCACAUCUACCACCACGUCAGCUCGCUAAUUAUCAUAUGGUUGGGCACGAAGUAUGUGGGAGGUGAGUUUGAAUGA